AUGGCUCCGAGACUCAAUCUCUUCGCCACGCGAAAUGUUCUCCGCCACAUCACCACACAACAGAGCACCAGUACGGCGGCCAAUCGUUGGAAUACAACGCGAGUAGCAGCAUUGGAAUCAUCGACAAAACAAUGCCUGGGUGCGCCGCAGAUUCGUCGGCAAGCGUACUCGUCGAAAAAGACUGAGCAGCCAGAGGAAGCUGAGCAACCCAAGGGCCCCACGCAGGAUACGUUGCCCGAUGUCAGCCACGAAGCUGCUGCCGUGGACAAGAUCCUGAGCGGCAAAAAAUGCGAUGGGAAUGCGCCGGGCUCUCCGGAGCUUGAGCAAGGCACUCCGAUUGACGAGGUUCGCGAAUAUUCAGCGGCCUUACUUGCGUUGGAGUACGCUAACUCAGCUAUGCUUAAAAAGAUCUUGAAACGAGACGAAGAUGCUUUUAAAUACGCCCCCAAGGUUCUCCGGGAUCAGGCCAACAAAAAGGGUACUCGCUCGUACUCGACGUCGGCACGGCUUUUUCAGCAAAACUUGCAGCAGCAGCCGUCUGCAGGUAGGCCUGACGAUGCCUCUGCCGCGAUGGUGGAGAGCAUGAUCAUGACAGCUACAGACCAGGCGAUUGAGCGGGAUCCGGGGCUGAAAUUCGAUAUGCCUGAUCGGCUGCCAAAGUCGGAGCAUUUCAAAAACCGAUACGAUCCGCUCGUGGAACAAUUUACUAAAUUGAUGAUGGAAGAUGGCAAGCUUAGCAAAGCUCAGAGGGACAUGGAAAUUAUUCUGAACCACCUUCGCACCUCGUCUCCACCCAAGCUUGACCCCAGACGCCGUCUCUUGACAGCCUUGCCAGCACCGCAGCUUCCACUCAACCCGGUGGUCUAUCUCAACAUCCUGGUGGACUCGAUCGCGCCGCUGAUCAAGAUCCGCCAACAAAAGGGUCUUACCGGUGGUGGUGCGUCCGUCCCCAUGCCAGUGCCCCUGUCUAUACGCCAGCGACGCCGCACGGCUAUCACGUGGAUUUUGAGUACUGCCGACAAGCGCAAGGAUAGCCAGUGGGCUAUGCGCGUUGCCAAUGAGCUCACCUCCAUCGCCGAGGGCCGCAGCGGCGUGAGUAUUGAACUCGUCGCAUUCACUCCUUCUACGACUGCACAUCCAUCGGCUGCCGGAGCCUCGACAUCGACCUCGACCCCGACCUCGCGCGAGCCAGCAGGGGUGACAGCGACUCCGCUCGCCGACGGUGUCACCAGACGGCUGCCUGUCACACAGGAGGAUCCCUCGACAGGCAACACAGACAGGGCUCGUCCGCCGUCGCUGGAAGAGACACAGUUCCUCCCAGAAAAACAGUCUCUUGGAAUUGGCCAGCGACAACAUCUUCUCUGGGCGUCUGCUCUCAAAUACUGGCCGCGCACCACAAAGGAAGCCCAGCACGUCGAUAGCAGCGACGGUCUCGCCAAUAUGAAGUUCUCGCACAGCAUUCAAUUCAAUGCGGUGCCGGAUUGGAAUGAUUAUUAUAUUGCUUAUGACAAUCUCAAGAAAUUAAUAUAUAGCUUAGAGAGACAGGCCAAUUGUCCAGACAACAAUGCCGCCCCCGACGCCGAGUCUGCGCCUCUUCUAGACGCCUCUGUCGACACUGAUACGAUCUUUCGACAUGCCCUUGAUACCGAGCUGGAGAAAAUCUCUUCGUUUUACCAGGUCAAAGAGCUCUCCAUUUUCGGCGACGUGGAAGAAGCCGUCAAGGAGCAGGCGCAGUACAAAGCCAACACAGAUGGACUCAACAUGGACCCCGUCAGUGAGACGGUCAUCAAGUCACGUACGCUGAGCAUCGGCUCGCGUCCUCGAACCGGAAGCAUAUUCCAGUCCCUGGGCUUGCGACAGAAUCGACGCGAAAGCACCAUGAGUGGUGGCUCUGCUGGCGAAGGGGCCUUUGAGGAUGACGAUGAUGACGACGAUGGUGACAGUGACGAUGAUUCUCGUACCGAAGACACCCGUCGUAGAUCGCACACGCGCCACCGGGAUGUUGGCGACCGGUCUGAUGGGCACCCCAGCGAGAUGGGUGACUCGAGAGUAUGGACUCUCGGUGGGAGCCGACAUGAAGAUGACAAUAUUGAUCAGCGUUUUUUGGAUCUGUACAACCUUGGUGUGGCAUUGAAGAAACGCAUAAUCAGCUUAUAUGUCUCGCUGUGCGAACUUAAAUCUUAUAUUCAGCUCAACAAAACCGGCUUUUCCAAGGCCCUGAAGAAAUACGACAAAAUCUUGAACCGGAACCUGCGGCGGGCGUACAUAAAUGAUACGGUUUCGUCUGCCUACCCUUUUACAGACUCCACUGCCCGACAUGUCGAUGAGAAUAUCCGCAAUGUUGAGCAAAUGUACGUCGAUAUUGUCACAAAGGGCGAUUUAUCGCUCGCGAGGCGAGAGCUGCGACUUCACGUACGGGAACACGUCGUCUGGGAACGAAACACUGUGUGGAGAGAAAUGAUUGGCAUUGAGCGCAAGGCACAGGCGGCCAACAUGGGGAUUCGCCGGACUCUGCUCGGCGGAGACCACGACCCUUUUGCGGCGCAGCGUCAGGGAGACGCAGAGACUAUAAAAACACAAGUUGAUACACCGUUGGGCCGUAUAUAUCUGCCCGAAUGGCUGUUCAGUCUUUCCUUUUUGUUUCUCCUCAUGAUUGUCACCAUCUUUGUGAUUUUACUUUGGGUUCCCAUUAUGGAGACGCCUGAACAGCAAAACUGCUUGGCCAUGGUGGUAUUUGUGAGUCUGCUGUGGGCGACCGAGGCCAUUCCGCUGUUUGUGACCUCGCUACUGGUGCCCUUUUUGGUUGUUGUGCUUAGGGUCAUGCGAUCUGAUACCAAACCUCACACGCGUCUGGACCCGGAAGCGGCAACCAAGGCGGUUUUUGCGUCAAUGUGGACGCCAGUCAUUAUGCUGUUGCUAGGAGGCUUCACUAUUGCUGCUGCACUGUCCAAGUACGACGUUGCUCGCCGCAUGGCCACUUUUGUUUUGAGCAAAGCUGGAACGAGUCCCCGGGUUGUGCUUGUCACAAACAUGUUUGUCAGUAUGUUUUUGAGCAUGUGGAUCAGCAAUGUUGCAGCGCCAGUGCUGUGCUAUUCAAUCAUCCAGCCCCUUUUGCGCAACUUGCCGCCGGAAUCGAACUUUUCAAAAGCACUGAUCUUGGGCAUUGCAUUGGCAGCGAAUAUUGGAGGAGCCGCGUCGCCAAUCGCAUCACCGCAGAAUAUUAUCGCGCUGGAGAAUAUGUAUCCGGCUAUCAGCUGGGGAACAUGGUUUUUCAUUUCUCUUCCCGUGUGCAUUCUUUCGAUUUUCUUGAUUUGGUCGGUACUUCUCGUCACUUUCAAGCCUGGCCGAGGAACCACGAUUGUGCCCAUUCGCCCUGUCCGGGAAAAUUUCACGGGUAUACAAUGGUUUGUCACCAUCACAACGCUAGUGACUAUCGUCCUGUGGUGUUUCAGCCACCAGCUCGACACUGUUUUCGGAGACAUGGGCGUGAUCGCCAUCAUCCCGAUGGUUCUCUUUUUUGGCAGCGGGAUCUUGACCAAGGAAGACUUUAACAAUUUCCUAUGGACCAUUAUUAUUCUUGCAGCCGGCGGUCUGAGUCUGGGUAAAGCAGUCACGUCUUCGGGUCUGCUGCACACAAUCGCCAACGCAAUCACCGAGCAAGUAGCUGAUUUCAGUCUGUACGGCGUGCUGAUCGUCUUCGCGGCGCUCAUCCUUGUCAUGGCGACUUUUAUUUCUCACACUGUCGCGGCCCUCAUCGUGCUGCCGCUUGUCCAGCAAGUCGGCGUUGGAAUGGAGAAUCCGCAUCCGAAUCUGCUCGUUAUGGCGAGCGCGCUGAUGUGUUCUGUCGCCAUGGGCCUGCCGACCAGUGGCUUUCCCAACAUGACCGCCAUCAUGAUGGAAAUCCCCGGCACUGGCCAACGCUACCUCCGAGUGAGCCACUUUUUGACCCGAGGAAUUCCGUCGAGUUUGAUUUCGUUUGUUAUUAUUGUUACUAUUGGGUAUGGAUUGAUGAGCAUCGCAGGGCUGUAG